AAUGCUGAUCCACUUAAAAGACCAACUAUUGAAGAGCUUUGUGAAUUCGCUAAUUAUGAACUUAUAAAUAUCUAUAAAAAUGGAAAUUCCAAUAAUACUAUUUCAAUUUCACCAAUUUUCAAUCAAAAAAAUAAAAAAUAA